UUGCUGGAGUCUGAUCAUGUGACUUUCAACAUGGCCACCACCUUGGCUCAGUCCAGGAAGGGGCGGAGCCUGGGGAAGGAGUAGGCUAAGAUUCAGGUUAAAGUAGGAAUUGGCUCGCAGUUACAGACAUCUUAUCAUGGAGGCGAACGGGUUUGGACCCCAGCCUUUUCCGGAGCUGAAGAAUGACACAUUCCUGCGAGCAGCCUGGGGAGAAGACACAGACUACACUCCAGUUUGGUGCAUGCGGCAGGCAGGCCGCUACUUACCAGAGUUUAGGGAAACUCGGGCUGCCCAGGACUUUUUCAGCACCUGUCGCUCCCCAGAGGCCUGCUGUGAACUGACUCUGCAGCCACUGCGUCGCUUCCCUCUGGAUGCUGCCAUCAUCUUCUCCGACAUCCUUGUUGUACCUCAGGCGCUGGGCAUGGAGGUGACCAUGGUGCCUGGCAAAGGGCCCAGCUUCCCAGAGCCAUUAAGAGAAGAGCGGGAUUUAGAGCGCCUCCGGGAUCCAGCCAUAGUGGCCUCUCAGCUGGCCUAUGUGUUCCAGGCCAUCACCCUCACUCGACAAAGGCUGGCUGGGCGUGUGCCACUGAUUGGCUUUGCUGGAGCCCCGUGGACUCUGAUGACAUACAUGGUUGAGGGUGGCAGCUCAAGCACCAUGGCUCAUGCCAAGCGCUGGCUUUACCAGAGACCAAAGGCCAGUCACCAGCUGCUUCGCAUCCUCACUGAUGCUCUGGUACCAUAUCUGGUGGGACAAGUGGCUGCUGGUGCCCAAGCAUUGCAGCUCUUUGAGUCCCACGCAGGGCAUCUAGGCCCACAGCUCUUCGGUAAGUUUGCACUGCCCUACAUCCGUGAUGUUGCCAAGCGAGUGAAGGCCAAGCUGCAGGAGGCAGGCCUGGCACCAGUGCCCAUGAUCAUCUUUGCUAAGGAUGGACAUUUUGCCCUGGAGGAGCUGGCCCAGGCUGGCUACGAGGUGGUUGGGCUUGACUGGACAGUGGCCCCAGAGAAAGCCCGGGAACGUGUGGGGAAGACAGUGACCUUGCAGGGCAACCUGGACCCCUGUGCCCUGUAUGCACCUAAGGAGGAGAUCAGGUGGCUGGUGCAGCAGAUGCUGGAUGACUUUGGGCCACAGCGCUACAUUGCCAACCUGGGCCAUGGACUUUACCCUGAUAUGGAUCCAGAACAUGUGGGGGCCUUUGUGGAUGCCGUGCACACAUAUUCACGUAUGCUUCGAAAGAACUGAGCGUACCCCUUCUCCCUCAAGUACCACUAACACAGAUGAUUGUUUCCAGGGGAAUAAAAGUUCCAGAGUCUAGUA